AUGCGGGCCGUACGCCUGUCUGUUCGCCGUCGAACUCGUUCUCCAAGACCCUCUGACUCGUCUUCGACGGAUUCAGAUGCGGCUCAAUUCGAAGAGAUAAAGCGUCGUCUCGCUCCGGGAUCUGCAGUCCCUAGCUCUUCUGGGCUUACUUUCAAGAUUCCUUCCUUGAUAGACGAGCCUAUGAACGAUGGCUUGUCUUCUCCUAAUUUGGACGAUGUCCCUUUGCCGACCGUGAACCUCUUCAAUCAUAUGCCGGCGACGUCGAUAAAAAUUGAUGCGGUAGUUGACGCACUUCGUAUCGGGAAAUUAAAGGUUGAUGUGACAGUUGUUGCGGAUCGUCCCAGGAAACUGAACACGAGACCGAAGAUCUUGAUUCCGAACGCCUUUCAACGUCCCUGGGAUGCACCUUCCGGUUUUAUUUGUCUUUCAGAGAAAUACUUCACCGAGUGUGGACUCACUNCUAAUGCAUCCGCUCGCUAUCGCCAAGCUCCAGAGCCGUCGUCUCGGUCGGCUCCCCGACAGGAUGUUCGUCGAGGUUCCGAUCCCCCAGCUGCAGGAUCGUCCAAAAAGGUCCCCCCUUCCCCUCGUCGAGCUGCGGAAACCCGUCAAAGGUCUCCCCCGCCUAACCGCCAUACUGGCCCUGAAGAGACGCUCCCAAGGAGGAAGGUGGACGGGACUUCUGGUCGCAUUGCCGACCCUCCACAAAGGUCACAGAAAAGGAAAGAUGGCCCUGAACAAGAGCCAUCUGUCCCGCUAAAGAAGUCGAAGUCGGUCGACUUCAGCUGGGAUUUUGCUCAUUCAUCUGGAGCUCGUCCCUUUCCAUCUGACUCGCAGUCUUGUGCCGAGUUGUUUCGAAAGAUCCAUUAUGGCGAAGGUCGUCUCUCUUCUGUUGAAAGGAUGAAAGAGUCCGAUGCUGUCACCGAAGUUGCUCAAGCGUCUUUUGAGUUUAUUGCGCGUAUUAACCGCAUGGCUACCCGCUACGAACGUCGUGUUCGAGACCUGGAACGUUCAGGGGCGUCGAAUGAGAGGAUUGAGCGCCUCGAGGCUCAAUUGGGGGAGGCAGUUCGGUCCAACCAGAGGCUUAGCGACCUUGUGGCCAAGCUCGAACAUCACCGGAGUGGGCUUAUCAAAGAACGGGAUUCUCUUUCGACGAAGCUUAAGGAGUCCGAAGCUUCCUGCAAUGGUCUGAAGCUAACUCUUAGCUCGGAGACGAGGAGGCUCAGGGAUCGGCGUGAUGAAUAUGGGCACCAUGAGCGAAUCAAUGCCUUUCAUGAGGUGGCCGGUCGUGUGCAGAGGCUCUUAGCGAAGCAUAAAAGCCACGCCGAAGCGGUUGAAGCGUCGCGGGAGAAAUUCCUCGAAUACAACCAAGCUGUUGGGAACGUUCAAAUGCUGGAGACGCUCGCCGCCGAGGGUCGAAUUUCCUUGCUUGAUGAGGAGCUUAAGGGCCAGGUCGUGACCGUGAUGAAUCAGCUGAAGGACGAGGUUGAAGAGUUUGAUCUGCCAGACAUCUCCGACGCUGAUUUUGACUUGUCUCAGAUUUUCGCCGGGCCUCUCCCCCCAAUUCCGACUUGGAUCGCUUCCCCAAUCAGCGGGAAUACGGAGGGUCAUACUGAUGAGGGCGGGGAUGAAAGGUCGGAGAGUGGGGAGAUCGGGGGCGAAGAACUGGACGAGCAGGAGCAGGUUGACGACCGUCCUUCAGACGGAGUUGAGGCGCAAGUCACCGACCAACCUUCUCAUGGAGUCGAGGAGCAGGUUCCGGACUGUUCUGCCGACGGGUUACCUCGUCCUUCCACUCCUGGGCGCGAGUCUCCGGUUGCUGGUCUAGUCUCGUGAUCAGUGUUGUCGCCGUGUUGAGGGGUU